UUCGGAGGCAGCUGGCGGGACUGGAGCUGCCGCGCUGGCUCGGGGAGAGUAAACUAGUGUUCCUGGGUUCCUGUUGUAGUCAUGGCUUCCUUCGUGACGGAAAUUCUGGCACACUCGGGGAGUCUGGAGAAGGAGGAUCUGGGAACUCGGAUCAGCCAUCUGACCCGGCGGGUGGAGGAAAUCAAGGGUGAGGUGUGCAGUAUGAUCAGCAAGAAGUACAGUGAAUUCCUGCCUAGCAUGCAAAGUGCACAGGACCUGGUUGCCCAAGUGGAUAAGCUAUCUGAUGAUAUUGAUCUACUGAAAUCCAGGAUAGAGAGUGAGGUCCGCCGGGAUCUUCAUGUAUCAACUGCUGAAUUUACAGACUUGAAGCAACAGUUGGAAAGAGACUCAGUAGUCCUAAGUCUGCUUAAACAGCUACAAGAGUUUUCUACAGCUAUUGAAGAAUAUAAUUGUGCAUUAGCAGAGAAGAAGUAUGUCACUGCUGCUCAACAUCUAGAAGAGGCACAGAAAUACUUGAAGUUAUUAAAAGCCAGAAAAUGCUUUGAUUUAAAAAUCUUGAAAUCUCUUAGCAUGGAGCUCACGAUACAAAAACAGAACAUACUUUAUCACCUUGGCGAAGAGUGGCAGAAGCUGAUCGUAUGGAAGUUCCCACCAUCAAAAGAUACCAGCAACUUGGAAUCUUGCCUGCAAACAGAACUUCAUUUAUGCACUGGACAGUCUCACAGUGAAGAGAAGACUCCUGUGCCACCAACCAGUUCUGUCCUCUUGGCAUUUUCUAUUCUUGGAGAGCUACAUACUAAACUUAAAUUAUUUGGUCAAAUGUUGCUGAAGUAUAUCCUUAGGCCUCUGGCAUCUUGCCCUUCCCUUUAUGCUGUGGUAGAAAGCCAGCCUAAUAUCAUUAUCAUUCGUUUUGAGUCUAUGAUGACUGACAUGGAACAUCCGUCGCCAUCUGAAGUUUUUGCCAAGGUCAAGCUGGUUCUGGAGGUGCUCCAGAAACAUCUUCUAGAUUCGCCUCUCGAUACUGAUCUAGAAAAUGAAAAAACAUCUAAGAUCAUACUGGCUGAGAUGCUUGGUGACGUGAUCUGGGAGGACUUGUCUGAGUGCCUCAUUAAAAACUGUUUGGUUUAUUCUAUCCCAACAAAUAGCAGCAAGUUACAGCAAUAUGAGGAGAUUAUACAAUCCACUGAAGAAUUUGAAAAUGCCUUAAAGGAGAUGAGGUUUUUAAAAGGAGAUACUACUGAUUUGCUGAAAUAUGCUCGUAAUAUCAAUUCUCAUUUUGCUAACAAGAAGUGUCAGGAUGUGAUUGUGGCAGCUAGAAACCUCAUGACCUCUGAAAUUCACAACACUGUGAAGAUUACUCCUGAUUCUAAGAUUAGUGUGCCUGACUUACCUACCCCUGAUGAGGAUGACAAGCUACAAGUACAGAAAAUGUCCACAACUCAGUACAAUGAAGUGGUGAAUUUACAGCCUGAAAAUACAUUGGACCAACAUUCCUUUUCUUUGCCCACAUGCCGUAUCAGUGAAUCUGUGAAGAAAUUAAUGGAACUUGCCUAUCAGACUUUACUGGAGGCCACAACCAGCAGUGAUCAAUGUGCUGUUCAACUUUUCUACUCAGUAAGAAAUAUCUUCCAUUUGUUCCAUGAUGUUGUACCAACAUAUCAUAAGGAGAACCUUCAAAAACUACCCCAGUUGGCUGCCAUUCACCACAACAACUGUAUGUAUAUUGCUCAUCACUUGCUGACCCUUGGGCAUCAGUUCAGAUUACGCCUCGCCCCCAUUCUUUGUGAUGGCACUACUACUUUUGUGGAUCUUGUACCUGGCUUCAGGAGACUUGGAACACAGUGUUUUUUGGCCCAAAUGCGGGCACAGAAAGGAGAACUUCUGGAAAGAUUAUCCAGUGCUAGGAACUUUUCGAACAUGGAUGAUGAAGAGAACUAUUCUGCAGCAAGUAAAGCAAUCCGUCAGGUACUGCAUCAGCUGAAGAGACUUGGACUGGUGUGGCAGGAUAUCCUGCCAGUGAAUAUAUAUUGCAAAGCUAUGGGGACUUUACUCAAUACAGCAAUUUCUGAGAUUAUUGUCAGAGUCACUGCCCUAGAGGACAUCUCUACUGAAGAUGGUGAUAGAUUAUAUUCCUUAUGUAAAACAGUGAUGGAUGAAGGACCCCAAGUAUUUGCACCUCUGUCUGAAGAAAGCAAGAACAGGAAGUAUCAAGAAGAAGUUCCAGUCUAUGUGCCAAAAUGGAUGCCAUUCAAAGAACUGAUGAUGAUGUUACAGGCCAGCCUGCAGGAAAUUGGGGACCGGUGGGCAGAUGGAAAAGGACCUUUGGCAGCUGCAUUCUCUUCCAGUGAAGUAAAAGCUUUAAUUCGUGCCUUGUUCCAGAACACAGAAAGAAGAGCAGCUGCCCUUGCCAAGAUUAAGUAGCUCUGUAUUCCUAAGAAAGCCAUGUCUAGACCUUGUGGAUUCCUCUCAUGGCAUAAUUACUUCUUUAAAGGCUUCUUGAAAUUGCCCAUUGGUUUUGGUGAACCAUUAUAUAAUGGAAAUUCAAUUUCAUCUUGGAACGCCUUGCCUUGUGGCCUGUAUGAGACUUUGUUAAAGAAUUCAAUGUUAAGAUAAGACAGGACAACAAGUUGAAGCACCUCAACUUGAUGACUUUCUAGCCACCCUCCCUGAUAAGAAACGGUGGGGCUGCAUUGUUUCAUGUUGCUUCCGUGGCUCUCUGGGGGUUGUAUUAAGUGUAAGUGUAGGCCCCUGCCUUCAGUCAGGGAGUCCAGGAGAUUUGUGAGCGAAGGGGAAAUAUAUUUUGGGAGGUAGGGGAACCAUAUUUUACCUUGUAGGAAUUAAUAAGAAUUCCUUUAAAAUUUCUUUCCAAUAAAUAAUACUUUGAAGGGUGAUUGUCUUUAAUAACAUGGGAGCUUUGACUAAAGAGACUAAUUUUUCUUACAUUUGAUGCCACUCUUUUAUUGACAGGUAGGAUCCUCACGAAGGGCUCACUGACGUUUUAUCUUCUCCGUAACGCUGUCUGAUCAUUUCUUCGAAUGCCCACGACUCCUAGGACUUUUAGUAUAAAUUUUUGACACUCUCGCUAAUCUGAACUAAAUUCUAUUUGUAAAAUAUUUUUUAUAAUUACAGUUGACAUAUAGUAUUAUUAGUUUUAGUUGUACAACACAGUGAUUAGACAUUUAUAUACCUUACAAAAUGCUCUCCCCCCAUAAGUUUAGUACCCAUCUGAUACCAUAUAUAGUCAUUACAAUAUUAUUGACUCUAUUCCAGGGGAUGUACUUUGGAUCCCCUUGAGUAAUUUUAUGGCUGACACUUUCUUACUUCUUAAUCCAUUUCCUUUUUUAACCCAUCUCCCCAACCCCCUGCCAUCUGGCAAUCUUUAAUAAGUUCUCUGUAUCUAUGAUUUUGUUCUGUUUUCUUUGUUCAUUUAUUGUGUAUUUUAGAUUCCACACUUAUAUGAUAGUUGUCUUCUCUGUCUGAAUUAUGUCAUUGGCAUAAUUCCCUUUAGGGUUGAGAUAUAUAUAUAUCUCACAUCUUUAUUCUUCUCUGGAUAGAUACUUAAGGUGGUUCCAUGUGUUGGCUAUUGUAAAUAACGAUGCCGUGAACAUAGUGGGCAUCUAUGUCUUUUCAAGUGAAUUAGCAUUUUGGGCUUUUUUGGAUAAAUACCCAGAAGAGGAAUUUCUGGGUUAUGUGGUCAUUCUGUUUUUACAGUGUUUGAGGAGUUUUUGUACUGUUUCAUAGUGGCUGCACCAAUUUACAGUCCUGCCACCAGUGCACAAAGGUUUCCUUUUCUCCUCAUCUGGGUCAACAUUUAUUUGUUGAUUUACUGAACAUAGCUGUUCUGACAGAUAUAAAGAAAUAUCUUAUUGUGUCUUUAAUGUGUAUUUCCCUGAUGAUAAGGGUGUUGAGCAUUUUUUCACAUGUCUAUUGGACAUCUAUAUGUCCUCUUUGGAGAAAUGUCUAUUCAGAUCUAUAGUCCAUUUUUUAAUUGGAUUGUGUAUGUUUAUUUUUUUGUGUUAAAUUGUAUGGAUUCCUUAUGUAUUUUGGAUUUUAAUCUCUUAUUGGAUGUAUCAUUGGCAAAUAUCUUUUCCAGUUCAGUAGGUUAUCUUUCAUUUUGUUAAUGAUUUCUUUUGCUACGCAAAAACUUUUUAGUCAUUUGUAUUUUUUCCUUUUAAAAAAAUUUUUAUUGAUUAUGUUAUUACAAUUGUCCUGAUUUUUCCCACUUAGUUCCCUUCUAUCCAGUGCCUCCUACUCCGUCAGGCAAUCUCCCCACCAUUGUUCAUGCGCAUGGAUCAUGCAUAUAAGUUGUUUGGCUACUCUAUUUCCUAAACUGUACUUUACACCUCCAUGUCUAUUCUGUAACUACCUAUGUGUACUUCUUAACCUCCUCACCUCUUCACCCACUCUCCCACACGCCUCCCAUCCAGCACCUGUCUGGUAACUACCUUCUUUUCUCGCUGCUUUUGAGAGUCUUUCUUUACCUUUAACCUUUGUCCUGGUAAUUAUGAUGUGUCUUAGACUGGGCCUCUUUGCAUUCAUCAUGAUUGGAACUACUUCCUGACCUUGCAUGUCUAUUUCCUUCACCAUAUGAAAGAAGUUUUCUUUCAUUAUUUUUUUCAGAUGGAUUUCCAAUUUCUUGGUCUUUCUCCUCUGGUAACCCUGUGAUGCCAGUGUUGGACCAGUUGAAAUUGUCCCAGAGGCUGUUUAUACUAUCCUCAUUUUUUUUGGAUUCUUUUUUUUUCUUGUUCUGCAUGGUUGUUUUUUGCUUCCUUAUGUUCCAAAUCAUUGAUCUGAUUCUUGGCUUCAUCCACUCUACUGCUGUUUUCCUAUAAAUCGUUCUUUAUUUCAGUUAGUAUAUCCUUGGGUCAUAUGGACAUUUUAAUGGUGUUAAUUCUUCCGUGAGCAUGAUAAUGCCUUUUUAUUUAUUUGUAUAUUCUUCAUUUUCCUUUUUCAAUAUCUUAAAGUUUCCCAAGUACAGAUCU